CUGAGGCCAUCUCCCCAUGAACCGGCCUGCAUUUCCAACUGGCCAACAUUCUGGAAAGGCAGGAAAAUACCAGCGCUCGGAGCAGCAUUUCCUGGCCGCCAUUCGAUUUAGUCCGGACAAUCCCAGCUAUCACACCAACCUUGGUGUGCUCUACCACCGCUGGAAGAAAUAUGACCAGGCAGAGGAGCGCUACCGACGUGCACUGAAGCUCAAGCCUGACCUUAAAAGUGCCCGAGACAACUUGAACAUGCUGCUGCAGCAAACGAGGCUGCAGGCUGUUGAAGCAAAACGUUGAUCCAAGCAUUGAAAGCCACAGUGGUUGAGCAAUGAAGGAUGCGCGCAUUGCUUGGUCACACGCUGUACAUGUUAGUCUCUCGGUUUAGCAAGCAUCACAUUGAACCUUCUCUACAAAUUUAGUCACACAAAUGACUAAUGAACAGCGAAUUUCAAAUGAUGAUGUUUUAACAAGUUACAUACAUUAUCACUUACUGCGUAAAGGAUCUCUUAUGGAUACUGUGAACUUUAUACCAGGCAAACUGAUAUUGAGGCUUCUGGAAUAACUUUGAUUGUGCACAAUUUGAGCUCAUUCACAACGUUUUAACUGCUGCAGAAAUGAAGCUACAUUGCUGGUGGCUAAGCCGAGUGCUAGAUGAAAAAGAAAGAAAAAGACAUGGUCUGUUUUAUUUUUAUAGGCCUUCUUCUCCAGUCGAGAACCAUUUUGAAAUGAUCAUCACUGGCACUCAUUGUGUGAUCUUGUCUGGUUACACUUUUUAAGUUUUACAGCACAAAUGGUAGUUUCAUCUGAUCUUGAGCAGUCGUACAAACACUUGAGCAAGUAUACUCUCUUCAAUGAGUCAAAUCUGGCUGUGGCCAAGCAGACUGCACCACACCAUAUCCUGAUGGAAUUUACCAUGCGUUGCUGGUUCUGGAAAUACUAUGCAGUAGUGCAUGCAGGCUGUAUAUGCUGGUCAAGGCAUGGUAAUGUGAGUGUCACCACUUGCACAUUCUGCACUGCAUGAAAUGGCUAAGCUCUACAUUGACAGAAAAUGCAGCCAUCAUGCAAGAACAUGAGUGGCGUUUUGCAGCACUGUUUAUUUAAGAUAAGGCAAAACAUACCUGAUAUGCUGAGAAAGGAUUGAAGGUAUGACUGAACCCAUGGGCCGAGACUGUAGAGAGCACUUUGAGUGCACAGGUAGUUCAUCUUAAAGAGCCCUUGUGUAGUUGCAGAACUGCCUGCCAAUCAACCAGUGCAACGCACACAGCUGUGAAGCUGAACAAAUGUGCUUGCAAAAGAAAUGCAUGGUGUGCCUAUGGAAGCAAUAUAGCUCUUUGAUAAGAUGGUUUUUACUUUGACCAUAUGUUGGAUACCAUUGUCAAACCCAGUGCAAAGAAUCACGUUACAUACAUUCUGUGCUCUAAAUGAUCUGAGAUAAGGUUCUUACAUAUAAUACUCAGAGCAGAAGUCAUU